UAUAAGGAAUGGAUGAACCGAUAUUCUCUUCACAAAUUUACCGUAAUUCAUGUUACUGAAAUUCAACUCUUUGUGGCAUACAAAUCAACGUUGCCCGUCGGCCAUGAUUUCGGGCAAAAUGAAUUGACCGAUCGACUCAUUUGCCUUUAUUCCUAACAGGUACAGAUUGCGUAAACUUAAGCGCUCUUAUGGAAUGUUUCCUAAAGGUAGGAUGGUUUGGAAAAGAGAUAUAUAUAUAUAUAUAGGUCUAUGUUGAAUUGAUUACAGCCUCAAUUGAAGGUUCAAGAAUAAAAAGUCAGUGGAAGUUUGGAGUUGAAAAAAGGUCAUAUCUUGUAAUUUUCGCUAUCAAUUCUUUUGUUUUUCCCUAUUGAGAUUAUUUGUUGAACUUCAUAAUUUGAAAAAAAACCCCGUUCAUUUGGAGACUCAAUUACCCGUUUGUUGUUUGUAUCUAUAGUUCUACUAAAUAUUCAGUAUGGCUGCUCAGCGUGUGAAAGCAAAAGAUUACAGAAAGGCAGCUUCUGUCUUGGUGGAAGCCUUUUACGACGACCCAGUUUGUUUAUAUUUAUGUCAUUGCAGUUAUGACCAGCAGUACAGGAAAGUGCUACAGGGAAUGAUGGAGUACAUAGUGUAUGCUCAUAUUAUGCGCGGCAUUGUUUUGCAAGUGGAUGAUUUCUCUGGUGUUUCCUUAUGGAUGGGGCCUGGUAAUAACAUGGACGAUUGGUACUCAAUUGUACGAAGCGGCAUGUGGCGCUUGAACUAUCAGCUAGAUUCAGAAGGCCGCCAACGUUUCUUCCGAGAAUUUCUUCCUAUUCUUCAUGAUACAAAGGCCGAAAUUCUUCAGCAACGAGAUGACUCUUCCUGGUACCUAGUCUACGUUGGAAUCAAACGAAAUAGUCAAGGAAAGGGAUGUCUUCGCAAACUUAUCCAACCAAUUAUGGACGUUUGCAGCCAGCAGAACCUUCCUAUAUAUUUGGAGUCUAGUCAUCCUCACAAUCGAGCUAUUUAUGAACAUUUUGGCUUCGCGCUCAAGAAAACGAUUUAUUUGAAGCGUGACACUUCUCAGAUUCCCCUUGAAAUCAUGGUACGUGAAGCAGAUACUCUUUUGACUUCGGACACGAAACCGAAAAACUCGACUAGCAAUCCUGCUAGCAUUUCUGAUAAUGUAAAUAGUACAGCUUCUAUUCCUGCAGCUUAUGUUUGCUAAGAUUUCCGUUCGCUUUCGACCAUGUUUUGAUUUACACUUCUUAUGGUCUUUAACUCAUUGUAUUUUUAUAUAUUCUUUGGUACUUUAUCACCCGUAAACAAAGAAAUUUUUGUUCUCUUCUACAUCUUUAUUGCUUGUAGCACUGUACAACAUAGCAUCCUUUGGAAGAAGAUUCA